CUAUUUUGUUGUAAAAUUUGGGGGGCUUAUGGCUGAAAGCAACCAGCUUCGCUCUGGGUUUGCACUGCAAACAUAGAGGGGGAUUACUGGGGAGGGAAGGAAAGGGGACGGAGCCUGAACAGGCCGUGAGCAGGAGUGGGGACGGGAGGGGAACACCCCACCUUUCCCUUCACAAACAACCAGGGGACGGUUUCCACCGCUCCUACAGCCUGUGCGUGCGGAGCCCUGCGGACGUGAGGCUGCUCUGUGAGCCUGCUGCCUGAUCUGCCACGGAGCAGAAACCCUCUCUGCAGGCUCCCUCCGCGCUGGCCCAGGGGGCUCUCCCAGGGGGGCUCUGCUGGCUGGGACCGGGGCCGCGCUCCCGCAGCCGAGCAUCAGUUCCUGGGACGGGAGAUGCCGGAGGAGCAGCAGUGCCCGGUCCUGCCUGGUGAGCACCCUGCAGCCAGUGCAGGAGCUCCGGAUCCCGGGAACCCGUAGCGCCGCCCAUCAAAUCCUUCCCAUUUAUACCCUCCUUGCAUCACCCUCCGUGUCCAGUUCUACCACCGCCUGAAUUAGCUGCCUUGAAAAACUACAUUCAGGCUUUCGUAAAUGGUGUUGCCUUUUGGGGUUUUUUCAUUGUCUUCUUCCCUGACAACGUCCAGGCUUCUGCACACACUUCACCAGUGACCUGACACCCAGGGAUGCUUUGUGCACCACUUGCCGUUGGAAAUCGCGCACAGAAAUGUGCUUUUUGAGAUCAGUCCUGCUGAAUCCCCCAGACUCCAAGGUCCAGCUGCAGAUGGACAUGCCUAUAAUCUACAGACCAAAACCCCCACCCACACUCAAUACUGAACAUUUAGGCCUCUUGUCGUCAGAGUUUGGGGACUAGAAAUCAUUUCUCUCACUGAUCCUUUCUCCCUGCUGGUGGAUCUUUAUCAUUCAAGAAUGAGCUUGAGAUCCUUGGAGAUGUUUUUUUUUUUUAGCAGCAAUGUAAUAGUUUUUUCUGCUGCUCCUCUUUGCUCUGUGCUUUUGUAGUCACUGCUGUGGUUCUCCCUGUGGAAUGCCCUACAGGAUAAUAUCAAUUUAACCACUGUGCUUCACUGGUCUUUAAGAGAGUUCACAGCUGUUGUUCAAUUUCCAGGAACCCUUGAUUUUUCCGAGAAGGUUAAAUUGAGGCUAAAGUUAUCUUGGCUUAUUAGUAUGACCACUUACUUAGAAACCUGACAGCUCUUUUAGACAUUAUUUCUGCUAACAUGCCUCAGCUGAUUUCACGUUUAAUAAAUCCCACGCAUGCAGACUCAAAAAGUCAUCCUGAGAGUGACGUGAGUACAGUUUGUAUCCAUGCAUUGCAAUAUUAUUUUGUAAAUUAAGCUGCCUUUCCCCAGCUCUAGCAUGUGUGCUGUUUUGUAGAUUAAAGCACGUUUAUCUCUGAAUGGAAGAUCUGGACUUUGUUCAACUCUGAUUUGGUCUUCCAGGAGCUAAUUACUGUUUGGAUAAAGAUCAUUUGGAUCAAGGUGCUACUCAGUAUUUAUAUUUUUAAAUCUUCAUAUGGACCAAACAGGAUUUUCUCCAAUCGCAGUCUCCUGGGAGGAGCAGGUGCCUCGCAGGGUGGUAAUAGAGACACAAAAGCUUUCCUCUGCUGGGCAUUGCUUUAACCCCAGCAUCAGUCAGUAGUGAUUGAGGAGCAUUAAAUAAAAUUAAAGAGCUCUUUUAUGUGGGCACCCAGGGAGAAUUAAACAAGGUCUGUGCUUGCUUCUGAAUCUCCAAGAAACACCUGCACCGUCGUCCUGUUGCUGGCAGUUUUAGGCAAGUCCCGACCUGGACGAGAGCUGAUCCUUCUGGCGCCGGCUGGAGGCAGGAUAGCCGGAGAGCAGCAAGAGGAAAAUUCACCCUGCACUUUGCAUAACUGGCUCCCGGAGUCGUGUCGAUCGGCCACCCAAUCCCACCACUAAAUUUACCUAAAUAAUAAGGAUUUAAUGGAUUUCACUUUUCUUCCUCACCUGGUAUGACUAUUAAGUCAUGAAAGUUUUAAAAGCUUACCAAUUAGCCGAAGUGACAAAUGAGUACGGCAGGGCGCCCUGCUUGAAAAGCUGGUGUUGGGAACCUGCGUAGCUGCUGAAGGGGCUUUGCUCCACUAGAAGGGUCUCGGCUGAGCCAGACCUUGUCACCCCUGAGCUGCUCACGCAAGCUGAGAGACGAGACAGGAGAGGGGCUCUGACUUCUGCAACACGCCCUGAAUUGCCAAGUAACGAACCACCCGGAGAUUUUUAAAGGCUGCCGUAAGCAGGAAGAUAAAAGGCAUUUUUUUAAUGUCGGAUUCAAAUGGAAGUUUUAAACCCUCACCCAUAUGAGCAGCAUUAGGGUAUUCCAGUGCUGAAUUUGGCCUCUGCCCCAGGAAAGGCUACUCCAUAGCAAAAAUGAACUAAAAGACUUUGCUCGACGAGCUGAUAAGCAGAUGAUUGAGAGCAGACUGCUCUCUUCUCUGCAACACGUACCUCAGCGUUUCUCUCCAAUACGCCUCGAAGAUCGUGCUGUUUGCGUACUCUGGAGCUGUGAUUUCUCCUGGAAUAACCCAGGAUGGCUGUGGUAGCAAGCCAUUCUGGAGGAGCCCCUUGAAGUUGUUAGAAAUAACAGUGCUCAGUGACUUCUUACGCAGGCAACGUUCCCCUCAGCCUAGGGUUUCUACCGAAAGGCAGGAGCAUGAUAACUUUUUCAGAAGAUAAGUAUCACACAGUAAACCUCACCUGUGUUGUGCUUUAAGAACAGCAGAAAAAAGAAAAAAAUCUUGAAAACAGAAAAAGAAAGCUCACAAUGAGUCUCAUUAGAGAUCUCUAUUACCGAACAGCACAGGAUUCAUUUUCUUGUCUAUUUUCACCCUUCCCUAGGGAUGAAUGAUGAUCAAAGGACAGGAUAAUAAGAAGGGGGGAUUGAGAACUUGCUGAGAAGCAGUUAAAAAAAAAGAGAAUGAGAGGAGGAAAGGAAAACAAGUGUUUUAGCUAGUCAAGGUUAGUACAGCACUGUAUCUGCUUUAACUGACAUUAUGAAAAAUUAUAGAUGGCACAAAAGCAACUUCACUAAUGACGAACCCUACAAAAUUUAUCUUGACAACUUAGUGAGCUUAUUUGUUCUUCUAGGAGGUUUUUACCCCCCCGCGAUGUUUUUUAUCUUAAUUUUCUGAUUUUUUUUUUGGAGUAAGAUUCCUACACAAAGGUAGCAACUCGCACCUCAGCACGUCCAUCAUCUUCUGUUGCCUGUUGUGGGUAAGGAAGGGGACGCCGGGCAGACAGACCUUCCCUGGAGGGGCGAUGCUGCCGAGCCCUGCCCCGGGCAGAAGGAAGCUUUUGCCGCCGGGACCCCCCGGCACCGGAGAUGCUCGGCCCGGGGCAGGCUGCGGGAGAGCGUGAGGAGCUGCCUCCGCCAGCGCUUUCCUGAGAAGGGGGAAAAAGCAUGUUAGGAGCUGGACCCGAUCCCUGGAGCGCAGCCCCGCUGAGCAGGAGGUGGGAUUAUUGCGGGGUGGUUAUGGAGAGCUACAACCUGGCAGCGGAGCGUUGAAGCGACUUGUCCCUGCUGGAAGAGGAACCCUCUGUGGGCACCGCCAGUGUGGCCGAGGGGAGAUCACUCGGGUCCUUCUCCUCCUCUCGCCUUUCUUUCUCCUUCCAUUGAACAACAGAAGACGGAACUGCUACUCGGCUCUUGCCAGUGUUGGGAAUACUGUGCCUUUUGCCUGGGAUGAUUUUCCCCGAUGUGCCACUUCGACGGGAUGUACAAAGUGCGACCGGGACGGAUCCAGCCAAGAAAGUUUGCGGAGUGAUCCGCAGGGGCCGUGGGAUGGAGGUGGCUGGGGACAUGCCGGCGGGGUCCGUCACACACGGUCCAACAGCGCAGACCUGCUGCUGCUCCCGUGAGAACUAACUCCUGAUGGUCAAACCCUGCCGGCUCCUCUUUUUACUUCUCCCCUGCCAAUUCGCACUUUCAGGGGAAAAAAACCACACACAGGCACCUGAUGCAAUGCAGUAUUUCUGUGUUGGUUUUGUAUAUAAGAUUUGCUAUGCAAUUCCAGAACUAAAAGAGGAGGAGAGACGGCCCUGCAUCCCAGAGCAAACAGAGAAUCAGAGGUGAAAGGUAGGAGCCAGCAUUUCUUGUUUAAAUAAAACUAAAUAACCUGAGCUGCUUCUUACUGAAAACCUUUAAAACACACCUACUGUAUGUUUAUUUUCUUUGUCUCGGAAGUGUAAAACUUAAAACAGUUUGAAGCAAAGUGAAGAAUUGCUCUCUGAUGCUGCCCAGAAACAGAGAACUGAUGCAUUUUCUAACAGGAGAGUACUGAGGAGGAAGGAUGGAGUGUUUAAUCAGUGAGACAUUUAGGAAACUAAACUAGAGAAAAAGCACCUCGUAUAGUACGCUUCAGUAAAUAUGAAGGGCUAGUGCAACGGACGCUGGAAACACUCGAUCAAUAGCCUAUUUAAGUGGGAAUAUAUGCAAGCAUGGAAAAGUGAUUGCUUUCCUGUCCGUGGGGUGUAUUUGCCGAGCGCAGCAGCAGAGCCUUCGCAGGUGAGCUUGUCUGAAUUAGGCUACUUCAUGCCGGGGUGGUGCAGUGUGUUUCUGAAGGGGUUGCUUAAAAAACCCCCAGUCUGGAGGGUGGGCUGUAUUUGUGCAUUUUCAGUUGCUGCUCGUAGAGCUUUCGGUGCUGUUCAGGAUGAUUCAAAGUGGGUGAAGUCCAUCUGGGGGCGAAGGGACUGUAAGAAAGGACCUCUGGUCUGUUUGGUGAUGAGUAAUUAAUGGACGUCUGAUGUCUCUGAUCUCUGCAAGGAAAGGAGCUGAUGUCGUCAUGAAAAUCAUGGUAUGAUUUUCCCUCAGGAGAAACUAUGACUUGGAACGAGACCACUAUGGACGGGGAAGGGUUGCUGGUGGAAAGGGACUCUUCCUUUCGGAUCCUCACAGGCUGCUUCCUCUCGCUGCUGAUCCUCUCCACGCUGCUGGGAAACACGCUGGUCUGUGCAGCUGUCAUUAGGUUUCGCCACCUCAGGUCCAAGGUGACCAACUUCUUUGUCAUCUCCUUGGCCGUGUCAGAUCUCUUAGUGGCAGUUUUGGUCAUGCCGUGGAAAGCUGUGGCUGAGAUCGCUGGUUUCUGGCCUUUUGGUUCCUUUUGCAACAUCUGGGUGGCCUUUGAUAUUAUGUGCUCAACGGCCUCCAUCUUAAAUCUCUGUGUCAUUAGUGUGGACAGAUACUGGGCCAUCUCCAGCCCAUUUAGGUACGAGAGGAAAAUGACCCCCAAGGCAGCCUUCAUCAUGAUCAGCGUGGCGUGGACUUUGUCUGUGUUGAUUUCCUUCAUCCCCGUGCAGCUGAACUGGCACAAGGCUACAACCACAAGCUUUUUGGACCUAAAUGCCAGUUUACAAGGUAUAAGCAUGGACAACUGUGACUCUAGCCUGAACAGGAUGUAUGCCAUCUCCUCUUCUCUAAUUAGCUUCUAUAUACCUGUGGCCAUCAUGAUAGUAACUUACACGAGGAUAUACCGGAUUGCUCAGAAGCAAAUACGACGCAUCUCGGCUUUGGAGAGAGCAGCAGUGCAUGCCAAGAACUGCCAGAACACGAGCGGCAACAGGAGCAGCAUGGACUGCCAGCAGCCGGAGAGCAACUUCAAAAUGUCCUUCAAGAGGGAAACGAAGGUUUUAAAGACUUUGUCGGUGAUCAUGGGGGUGUUUGUGUGCUGCUGGUUGCCGUUUUUCGUAUUGAACUGCAUGAUUCCCUUCUGCGAGCCUACCCAACCGUCCAAGGGAGCGGAAGCUUUCUGCAUUAAUUCCACCACCUUUGAUGUUUUUGUUUGGUUUGGAUGGGCUAACUCUUCCCUCAACCCCAUAAUUUAUGCCUUCAAUGCUGAUUUCCGCAAGGCGUUUUCAACCCUGCUGGGAUGCUAUAGGCUCUGCCCUAUGUCCAGCAAUGCCAUAGAGACUGUUAGUAUUAACAAUAAUGGAGCAGUUGUUUUUUCGAGCCAACAUGAGCCCAAAGGGUCCAGCCCCAAAGAGUCUAAUCUGGUUUAUCUGAUUCCACACGCAAUUAUGUGUCCGGAAGAAGAACCUCUCAAAAAGGAAGAAGAGGGUGAACUAUCUAAGACCUUGGAGAAAAUGUCUCCAGCACUGUCGGGUAUCUUGGAUUACGAAGCUGAUGUUUCUUUGGAAAAGAUCAAUCCCAUUACACAAAAUGGGCAGCAUAAAACCUGAACAGUAAGGUUAACCCAGGAAGACCUAAUAGUGUAUAUUGUAAUAAUCUUUUUUUUUUUUUAAAAAAAGAUAUACAAGAUUUUUUUGGUAAGAAACUAAACUCUAGGGAGAAAUACACAUUUACACCAAGCCCAGAAUUAAUUUUCCUGGCAUUCGAAGCAAAUUUAACCUUUAGAACAGUAAACAGGAAAAGAUACUGAAAAUUGGUUAAAAAAAGGGUAUUAAACUGUGCUGUUCAUACUGAGGGAAAUAUACAAAUUUAGAUACAGUGCAGUUUCAAAGAAAACAUUGCCUCUCUCCACUGAGAAGCCGAUUUCUAGCUUAAAAUGAGGCAGAAGAUAAGUGUUAAGUAUUUAAAGAUUAAUGUUUACUAGAAGUUCAAAGAUUGCCGUGUCUUGUGCUAGUGGGUGUUAACAGGUCCUAAUUAAAGACUGAGGGAUUGUAAAGGUAGGUAGAUGCCUUCUUAAAAUUAUUUCUGACAAAUAAUUGAGCCUUAUAAUGAGAAUGGUUAUUUUUAAAGCUUUGGGAGGUAAUAUGUUGAUACUGGUUUUAUUUAUUUAUUGUUUUAAAUUGAUAUUUUUCAUAUGUUAUAACAGAUCUAGCUUUAUUUAUGUUAUUUAAGAUGUCUAAAUAAUGGGAUAUUUUUGGAGUGUCAUAACUGCGUUUUGACCAGUCAACCAGUCAGCACUUUAUUACAGGCUCUGAUAGUCUGGAAAGCCGGUGAGGGGAACGGAGGAAUGUUAACAAGCUCAGCAAGAAAUGAAGGAAUCGACAAAACCGAUGCUGCGUGGAGUUUGUUUGCUUGUGGGCUUUUUUUUGUUGUUAAGUGGGAUUUCUUUCAAAAGAUAGGACCAGCGUUGACUGAGUUGUGAAUUCUCUUCCCUUAUAGAAAUAAAAGAAAUUGCUGCUAUUUAUUUUUAAAAAAAGUCUCAUGUUACAAAGACUUUGCUAGAAUGUCAAGUUUGUGGAUCUGUAAAUACCUUAAAUAUGACUACAACCUUAAGAAGAAUCCAAUUUGAGAAGAGAAGCUUCUUAGAUAACAAUUCUUAGUAUAUAAUGUUUUGUAUUUAUGUAAGAUAAACAGCUUUCUCAGACUUUUCUUAUUUCAAGUCUUGGAUAUCUUUUCUGAACAAACACAAUUGGUUAUAAUGGUAGUAAACAUGCCAGACCUCGUUACCAUCUCUAUUACUGCAGUACCACCAGGAUCAUGCUGUCUGUCUGCUGCUCUAUCACCGUCAGAAUUAAAAAGUGAGGUACCUAGUGCUUUACUUUGGAAACGAGGAGGACAUUACAUUUUAGUAAUUACCAUGUCAAUAGUCCAUUCGAUAAAGAAUAGUGCCUCAUUACCAUUUUGGAUUAAGACAUUUCUAAAUACGGACGGAACUGCGGCCCCCACCUCCAAAACGUCCUGUGAGCUCCAAAAAAGUUGCCAAUGUUUGAUUAAAAAAAAACCCUGCUACUUUUCCAUUGUCCUUCCCUGCUGCUUUCCCUGUGUAAUGCCAAAAGCAAUCAGUGAACGUUAGCAACAGGAACAUUGGGUGUUAAUAUUCAGCAGCAAUCGAAGAAAGCUCUUUGUUUUCUGAAUGGGAGAAAAUACCCUUUGGAGCAACUUUUUCAAAACAUAUAUCAAAAAAAUGUGUUGUCAGGAAAAGAGAACUGAGAGGGAAAAAAAAAAAAAAGUCUAAUGAACUAUAUACAUCCUGCAUCAGGUCUGUGUAUUUAUGUAUUGUGAAUGUUUUCAUAAUUUUAUUGCCUGUAUGCUGCUUUCAUACAUAUAAUAAAAUUAUUUUGUGAACAGAAGGUCAAAUAAAGCAAUCUACAUUGCAUUUAUUAAAUACACGCUGGGUGUUGGCAGUUUUAUCGAUUGUGUUAAAGGCAAGGACAGUUCCUCUUUUUCCAUUUGCCCUUAUUUGGGAUCACACACGUGAGGCAGGUGGGAAUUUUUAUUAGAAGCAGGAGAAAGUCCUCUCUCCCGAGAGACCUCUGAGCCCUUGCUCUAAACUAGGAUUUGAAAGCAGUAAACACAGUUUGGAAAUGACCAGAGUCUGCUUUAAUGUGACUAGUUAAAAUGUGUAAAGCUCGACCUACCAGUGACUCUUAUUUCAAUAAUUUUUUUUGCCUUGAUGUAACAGAGUAGUGAACUUGGUUUAUGGUGUGCUUUUAUUGUGGCUUUUUUUUUUUCUUCUUUUUUCCCCAAGCUGUGCAGUACUUUCCAAGGCCUGUGUCUGUUUUGUGGAACAAACCGAACCAUUUCAGAAGUGAGGUGAUGGGUGCAGCUGAGGUGCAGCAGUGUCCCUCUAUUUGCGGCCGCCCUCUCCUUUAUUUUGCCUCUCUCAGAAGAUUCAUUUUGAAAUGAAGAAGCAAACCAACACACAAACGUGGUCACUUCUGCCUCGAGCAUUACCGGCAUGACCCAUUUGGCAGCUGGGAUCUGCGGUGAUGCCCAGUUCCCCCCUCGUUCGUGCUGACCCCCCUUGGCCAGGGGAUGCAGCAGGGCUGGGGGCAGGCAGGGGGUCCUGUCUGCCUCCAGGCUCUUUUAGCUCCUUACGUAAAAUUUCCUUCCAUGGUGCUGAUUCCUGUUUUUUUUAUUAUUUUUUUUUGGUACCGUUGAGGAUUUAUUUUGCUCCUUAAAAAGCGCACAGGCCAAAGAUGAAGUUCUGUCGUUGCUUAGUCAAAUACAUUUGCCUGCAAGGGCUUUUAUUCUCAAAACUCCCAGCAGUUUGAUACAACAGCAAAAUACAAAAUACAAUUUAAGGAGAUGACGUGAAGCAAGAGGCUGUACUUUUUGUACUAGUUUGUAUGGUGAUGAUUUGUGUUCUGAAACAAGUGGCUGGUCUAGUGUGACCAAGAGCUGCCCCCAGACCUCCCUGCUCGCAGCUGGACACGGGUUUCGGAGGGUCUGCGGGGGUCAGUGGGGAAAUGCUCCCUGCUAUCGCUGCUAGCUGCUUCCCUUGGCGUGACAGGCUGAAGGCAGGGCAGGGGAGACAACUGCAUGAGUUGAUUUUACUGUUUUCUCACUCCUUCUGUUUAAACUGAUUUUUGCUUCUGCCUCCUUCACCUUACGUACAUUUUAGAAUACCAUGAAUUCGCCUUGAUCCUCCCUUACUGACGUCCCGCAUUUACCCCUUCAUUUUCCAGCCUUCCCAAUGUGCGUUUCUUUACCUGCCCUCUCUUCCUUUCCUCCUACCGGUGCCAGAGCCGUUCUGUCACCCCGUUUGGCUUCAUUGGCCCCAAUAAUCAUAGAAUCACAGAAUCACAGAAUGGUUGGGGUUGGAAGGGACCUUAAAGAUGGUCUCAUUCCAACCCCCCUGCCCUGGGCAGGGACACCUCCCACCAGACCAGGCUGCUCAAGGCCUCGUCCAGCCUGGCCUUGAACCCCUCCAGGGAUGGGGCAGCCACAGCUUCCCUGUUUGCUUGGGAGAAAAAUCCAACUUAAAAUCUUAUCCCCCAGCACGGCCCAGAGUCCCCUUCCCACGGCCUGCG